AUGAUGAAAGGCUUUAAGAAUAGGCUAACUAGAAACAAGAACCAGUCUUCAAGUAAGAAGCUGGAAAAAAGAUCUGACAAAGACAAAGAAAAUAAGCAAGAAUCAUCCAAGAAACUGCAAUCAUCAAAAGGCUCACUGUCAAAUUCGCCUUCAAUUUCAAACUCGCCUAGUCCCUCUAGAAAUACCAGUGCUAGUUCUAUUAAGUCCAACAAUUCUGUGGGGUCUUUAGGUGCUCAGCCGAGCACUCUGCCUCGAGAACUGCCCAAGCAAGAGUCCCCAAAAAUUGUCAUAAACUCGGAGAGCGCAAAUAACUCAGCUACAAAUCCGACUAUUAUAACCACCACAACUCCAGUAACUCCGACACCCACAUCUCCUACCACAUCAUUCCUGAGUUCUUCUGGCUUCGAAUCGAAACUACACCAUAGCCUGCAAUCGCCCGUCCAUCCACUUCAAUUAAAUAUUUCUUCGCCAAAUAAGGAAGGUUUCGAUAUUGACUUAAUUGCUACUCCAAAAAGGCAUUCGUCUUCCAGAUUCGAGCCUUCUUCAGAUAAGUAUCAUGAAAUUAUUAAGUUGCCUAACUUUGAUGAGGUUCCUCCGGAGGAACGAAUCUCGUUGUUUAUACAAAAGGUUGAUCAAUGUAACAUAAUUUUCGAUUUCAGCGAUCCCACUUUUGAUGCGAGAGGCAAAGAAAUAAAGCGAUUAACAUUGCAAGAGUUGAUUCAAUUCAUAUCCAACGAAAGGUUCACUUACACUGAUGAUAUGUAUAAGCAUGUGGUUCAAAUGUUCCGUACUAAUCUCUUCCGUCCAAUCCCUCCUCCAGUUAAUCCGAUUGGCGAUAUAUAUGAUCCUGAUGAAGAUGAACCUGUCAGCGAAUUGGCUUGGCCUCAUAUGCAAGCCAUCUAUGAAUUCUUUUUGCGAUUCAUCGAGCUGCCUGAUUUUCAGCAUCAACUUGCCAAGCAAUACAUUGACCAUGAUUUCAUUUUGAGAAUCUUGGAAUUAUUUGAUAGUGAAGAUCCUAGAGAAAGAGAUUGCCUAAAGACAACAUUACAUAGAAUAUAUGGGAAAUUUUUAAGCUUGAGAAGCUUCAUAAGAAAGUCCAUCAACAACGUGUUUCUACAGUUCGUUUAUGAAACUGAACGGUUUAAUGGUAUUGGCGAGCUUUUGGAAAUAUUGGGCUCUAUCAUAAAUGGGUUUGCAUUACCAUUAAAGGAGGAACAUAAAAUUUUCUUGGUGAGAGUAUUGUUACCAUUGCAUAAAGUCAAAAGUUUAUCUUUAUACCAUCCUCAAUUGGCAUAUUGUAUCGUACAGUUUUUAGAGAAGGACCCUAAUUUAACGGAAGAUGUUAUAAUGGGUUUGUUACGUUAUUGGCCAAAGGUAAACUCACCUAAAGAGGUUAUGUUUUUGAAUGAGAUUGAAGAUAUAUUUGAGGUGAUGGAGCCAAGCGAGUUCUUGAAAAUCCAGAUACCUCUUUUCGCUCAAUUAUCUAAAUGUAUCUCGUCACCUCAUUUCCAAGUCAGCGAAAAAGUUCUUUGUUAUUGGUCAAAUGAGUACUUCUUGACCCUUAUUACUGAGAAUGCUGAAGUUGUAUUACCCAUAAUAUUUGCCGCUUUGUAUGAGUUGACGAAUGCUACGCAGCCCGGUGUAGCAAAUGGUUCACUUCAACAAAAGUUGCUAGAGAACCCAGCAGCCACUACCGAUGCGAAUGGAAACUUAAUUGACAAUGGGUUAAUACUAAAUGAUAUCCACCAAACUGGGCAUUCGCAUGGAAUAACAGACAUGUCAGAUGAAGAAUAUUAUGAUUCAUUUUCGUCUCCUCAGACUAAUCAGUUGGAUGAGUUUGGUACAGGCAUUCCACCUCAUAACUCAGCCACUUCGAAUUGGAACAGAAGCAUCCAUCUGUUGGCAUUCGGAGCUUUGAAGGUAUUCAUGGAUCAUAAUCCAAUAUUAUAUGAUCACUGCACCAUGUUAUAUCAUCAAUCACUAGAAGAACAGAAAGCUAGAGAACAAUUGAGAAAAGAAGGCUGGAGAAGAAUUGAGGAAUACGUCAAAUCGUUGAAAGAAAAGGAAUCAGCAAAGAAAUAA